AUGGAGCCAAACCCGGUGUCAGACUUGAACCGCAUCCAGAAUAAACCGUACACGGAGACGGUCGAUUCCGACGGACGGCUCGAUGAAGUUGUGGCUGAGGAGGCCUGGCAGAGGCACAAGAUGAGGAACGACUCCUUCAUAGUGGACCUCUUCCAAGGCCAGUUUAAAUCCAAGCUUGUUUGCCCCACAUGCUCCAAGGUGUCUAUCACCUUUGACCCCUUCCUCUACCUGCCCGUCCCGUUGCCCCAGAAACAAAAGGUGCUCUCAGUUUUCUACUUUGCGAAGGAACCUCAUAAAAAACCCAUCAAGUUUUUGGUGAGCGUGAGCAAGGAGAACUCCAGCACCACUGAAGUCCUCGAAUCCAUCUCCAGGAGUGUGAGGGUCAAACCAGAGAACCUCAGACUGGCAGAGGUGGGAAAGAACCGCUUCCAGCGUAUGUUCCUGCCGUCCCAUUCUCUGGACACAGUGUCCUCCUCUGACAUGUUGUUCUGCUUUGAGGUGCUUUCCAAAGACCUGGCCAAAGAGAGAGUGGUCUUACUCAGAGUGCAGCAGAAACUCCAGGUUCCCAACAUCCCCAUCUCAAAAUGUGCCGCCUGCCUGAAGCCUCCAGUGUCUGAGGAGGACAAGCUGAAGAGGUGCACUCGGUGCUAUCGCGUGGGCUACUGCAAUCAAGUGUGUCAGAGGAACCACUGGCCCAAUCAUAAAGGUCUUUGUCGACCCAACACAGAGAACGUUGGUUUGCCUUUCCUGGUCAGCGUACCAGAGUCUCGACUCUCCUACUCCCGCCUCAGCCAGCUACUAGAGGGAUACUCCAGGUUUUCCGUCAACGUGUUCCAGCCUCCUUUCCAGUCAGGCAGGACGUCCCCUGAAACCCCCCAGUCCAGGGUCGACCUCCCUCCGAUGCCGGCAGGUUCUCCAGAGGGUCCCGGGUCGGGCGAUGAGGCCGUGGGCGGCAGCAGUACCGCAGGGGGAAGCGAUCCGGAGCUUGAGAGCCCCUCUCAGCCGGCCGAAUCCAAGGCAGAGUACGCUCAGGCCUCGGCAGUCCACUCCGGAGAGCCGGACUCACUCUCCUCCUCCCAGGCGUCCAUCUCCACCACCCGGACUUCUGACUCAGGAUUCUCUGAGCCCAUCUCCUCCACUUCCUGCUGCUCUCUGGACCCUCAUGCUGAAAAGGAGACUUCCUGUGAGAAGGCAGUGCGACCUGAAGCUGCAGUAACGGGGUACCAACACCCCAGUGAGUCAGCGUCAGGCCACGCCAGCCAGUUCUACAUCGCUCUGCUGGACUCCAACAACAAGGAGCAACGGCUGGAUGAGAAGGAGGAUGCUCUGGCUGACCUCCCCGAAGACCCAACGCUGGAGCUGGUCUGGAAAAACAACGAGCGUCUGAAGGAAUAUGUUCUGGUGAGCUCCAAGGAGCUGGAGUACGAGGAGGAUCCCGGAUCUCUGAGUGAGACCGCCAGGGCCGGACACUUCACCCUGGAGCAGUGCCUCAACCUCUUCACCAAGCCAGAGGUCCUGGCACCAGAGGAGGCCUGGUACUGUCCAAAGUGCCAGCAGCACCGCGAAGCCUCCAAGCAACUGUUGCUGUGGCGUUUACCAAACGUUUUGAUCAUCCAGCUGAAACGCUUCUCCUUCAGGAGCUUCAUCUGGAGGGACAAGAUCAACGACAUGGUCGACUUCCCCGUCAGGAAUCUGGAUCUGAGUAAGUUCUGUAUCGGCCAGAAGGACGAGAUGCAGCAGCCUCCGAUCUAUGACCUGUACGCGGUCAUCAACCAUUAUGGGGGGAUGAUCGGAGGCCACUACACCGCCUACGCUCGCCUGCCGAGUGACAAGAACAGCCAGCGCAGUGACGUCGGCUGGCGUCUGUUUGAUGACAGCACGGUGACGAUGGUGGAGGAGAGUCAGGUGGUUACCCGCUACGCCUAUGUCUUGUUCUACCGCCGCCGAAACUCCCCGGUGGAGCGGCCGCCACGCUUCCUCCGACCGGUCGGAGCCGAGUCGCCCACCGCUGCAGGAGCUACUGCCAGCCAGGCCUCUAGCCAGUCGCUCUUCGGCGCCGACCUGGACCCUGAAGGACCCCCAACGCUGACCCCCGAGGUGCCCUCCGACCUCUUCGCCCACUCCGGGGAGUGUGCGGCUCCAUCCUACAGCAACAUGGAGGAGGUGGACUAGCGGGGAAGGGAACGCCGAGAUUCAUCCAUCAGUUGGCACAAAAAAAAAAAAAAACAAGAAGGUGCAACGCUUGAAGAUCUGGAGGUGAUCUGCGAGGAUCUUUCACCUGUGAAAGACCUUCAGAUAUACUCUCAUUAACCCCCAUAACAAGCUGCAUACUUGUAGUUUUAUCCACCCACACAGAUGCUAACACACACAUCGUAUAAUCUUCGGCCUCCUAACGGCUCGGUGGCGCCCCCCCCGGGCGACCCCGCACCGACGCACCUUGUGGUUCGGUUUUCAAGCCGAGAACCUCCAACCGACCAGACCUGUUAAUCUAAAGCUACGUCGACUUAUUAGAGUCUCAACGUGUGUAAAUCUUUUUGUUUAUUUUUAUUUUCAAGGUUGAUUUGUUUGUGGCAGCAUUUUCAGUAACUUGGAUUGGAAAUGUAGCAAAAAAAAAAAAAAAAGACAGAUUGUGACCGGUGCUGACCUGCUACUUUAUUUUGUUUUUAAUACAGAGGGCACACACUUCGUAUUUUCCCCGUCUUGUCGCUUUAUAAACUUCAUUUGGCUUCCGUUUCUUCAGUUUUUUUUCUCUUUUUUUAUAUAAAUAUAUAUAUACUUGUUUAGAUUUUCAAUCCUGUGGAUGCAAUCGUGGAAAGGCUUCAGUAUAAACUGAAAUGUGCAUGACUGCAUGUUCAUACAGGGUGUAACCGCGGCUCCGCCCCUGUCGCUUCAUCUCUAUUAUUUCUCGUUUUUUUUUGCGUGAGUUUAUUCGGUCUCGCCCCUCCUCUGUAAUGAACUACGUAUGUAAAGUGGGGGAUCAUUAAGAAUGCUGCUGUGGAUACAUAUAAAUGGUUAAUAUAAAUAAAAACAAUUUUGAGAAUUGCU